UUGUUUUCUUUCUUCAUACUAUUAUUUAAACCACAGCUGCACAGUAUGCUCCUGUUUUGUCCAACCUGCGGGAAUGUUUUGAUUGUGGAGGAAGGACAGAGAUGUCUGAGGUUCGCCUGUAAUACGUGUCCUUACGUACACAACGUCACCAGGAAGGUGAACAACAGAAAGUAUCCCAAACUAAAAGAGGUGGAUGAUGUUCUUGGUGGGGCUGCAGCGUGGGAGAAUGUGGACUCUACUGCUGAAACAUGUCCCAAAUGCGAGCAUCCUCGGGCAUAUUUUAUGCAGAUUCAGACCAGAUCAGCAGAUGAACCGAUGACAACAUUUUACAAAUGCUGCGAUGCCCAGUGUGGACACAGAUGGAGGGACUGACACCUUUGUAUUUUCAUACUUUUAGAUGUAUUUAGUCAUUAUCCCCCUUCCCUAGCAUUUACACAGCCUGAAUACAGCUGACAAAUCUCUGGCAAUAAUUAACAGAAUUAAGCUGUUAACUGUUCUGAACACAAUGAGGACACCAGUCAUUUACUUUCCAUGCACAGUUAAUUUAAUAAAGUUUGUUUCAAUGGAAAAAACAUGUUUUAUUGUAAAAUAUUGUACACAGCAGUUCAACAAUUCUGUUUGCAUAAUACACAUUUAAAGAGCAGUAGCACAUCAAUGGAAUCCUUCAACACAGUUUACUUCUGUUCACAUUAACUAGCAUCAAGAAAACUAUAUAGCCAGAGGCUGAGAACAAGCCAGAGUGAGGAUUUGGAGCUGUAGCGCUCACUCAGACAUAAGCAGCAUUUGUUAACUGUGAAGAUCUGGUGAGCAUGCUGCAGUGUAACAAAGGCGGUUUCAGUUGUCAGCAUUUUUUGGCUCAAUCACAAUGUUACUUAGUGAGAUGUUUGA